UCAAAUUUUCCGCAUCGUUCUGCGCGCUUGAUCGGAUUUUGUGUCGAGUUUUUGGAGGUUUCCUUGAAUUUCCUUUUUUUCCUGCCCAAAUAAUAACGCUAGUGAAUAAUGACAGGAUAGUUAACUAGGUCACACUUUAAAAUUCAAAAAUACCUUCAACUAUAGACAAGUGUAAUCUGUUCAAACUAGGAGAAAUUAAAGUCGAAAGAUGGACAACUUUUUCGGAAGCAGCAGCUUCAGCCAGGAGACGGCAUCGCUAUUUACAAACGAGAAAAUUGUUUCCGCCCGUGGAAAGAUUAUUGAUGCCCUGAACGAUUCCCUCACGGCGAAUACCAGCCAAAAAUGUGAGAUCAUUGCCAAGGUGGCGGAGCUGGUGCUCCACUCGGACAUCGAGCUGUUGAUGGAAUUUUUGGAAAACAUUCUCGCCUUUGGUCACGAUUCCAAUCAGGAGGUGCGCAAAUCGGUGGCCGGAUUUAUUGAGGAAGUUUGCAAAAUGAAUAUCAACCUUCUGCCGAAGGUGGUCAACAAUCUGUUUGGGUUGCUGCGGGAUUCGGCCCCGAGUGUUACGAAGCGAGUCAUUCAAGGUUGUGGUGCCAUUUAUCGUCAAGCCCUACAGUGGAUUUGUUCCCUAUCGGAUAUAACGGAAGAGGUGGAGCAAGCGUGGAACACGCUUUGCCUGGUCAAAGCAUCAAUAUUGGACAUGAUUGACAAUGAUAACGAUGGUAUCCGUACCAAUGCGAUCAAAUUCUUAGAAGGAGUUGUCAUUCUUCAAACCUAUCCGGAUGAAGACAGCAUGAAAAGGGACAACGAUUUCUCCCUAGAAAAUGUUCCUCUUACGCUGAAAAUUGCUCGUCGUAGAAAAUUGGAAGAUGAAGCAGUAAACAUCUUUGAGCUUUUGUUGCAGUUCCAUGGAGCGUCGCACAUUUCAUCGGUUAAUUUGAUUGCUUGUACCGGAACAUUAUGUAUUAUUGCCAAAAUGAGACCCUCGAUGAUGAGCCAAGUUGUGGAAGCUUUAAAGAAUUUGCAUUCCAAUUUACCACCAACUCUGACCAACUCACAAGUGAGCUCUGUUAGAAAAAAUUUGAAAAUGCAGUUUCUCAAUCUGCUAAAACAUCCGUCCUGUUACGAGCAUCAAACGAGCAUAGCCCACAUCCUACAGGAUUUGGGGGCUUCAAAUAGCGAAAUCAGUCGUGCAAUUCCCAAGUUGGAUAAACGUGAGCAGCAAAGACGGGCCAAACGAGCCCUCGAAAGCGCCAUGUCCUCACAGUUGGCGGCCAAGAAAGCCAAAUUGGGCGAGCACAUAAGACGAGAGAAGGAACGUGCUGCUGCCGCAGCAUUAGCAGCUCCUCGCCAAAUGGAAAUCGAUUACGACGAGCUGAACGAACAGAAAGCCAAGUCCAACCAUUUGAACGAACAAUUUAUUUCCGACAAUCUGCAAAAAGUAGAAACAGCCACCCAAUUGGUGCUUAACUUCCUACCCAAAUUGCCAUCGUCAGCACCGCAACACUUUUUGCAAUAUUAUGUCCCACUGGCGUCCGGUGUAUCGGUUUCGCAGCAAAUAGAAACCAUAGCACACUCGCUGGCCCCACUUAUGACGGAACAACGCGUUGGCCCAGGAGCUUCUGCCAUGAGUAAGGAACCACCGAUGCGUCCCAAAAUUACCGACGAUGAGGAACGUAGCAUUAUUCAUGGUGCUCGCCGGCAGGAUGAAGAAGAGGAAGAGGAAGAAUUCGAAGAGGAUGUAGAUAUGGAAAAGCUCCCGGAAGAUGAUCGCCGCAAGCUGGAAGCUACCCGAAAGCUCAGGGAAACCCUUGAGCGUGUCAAAGGUGGCACCGGUUCUACCGAGCCUAGGCUAAAGCAGCGAGUCAAAGUUCUACGGCUGCAGGAAGUCACCAAACCUCAACCGCGCGAUUUGAAACAUACCUUCUUGAACGACGCCGUCCGCAGGAUUUUGAAAGCAGAAAAGCAAGCCCUCAUUGGCGGAGUCGCUUCCAAAAGGCGAAGGAUUAUAACGGUUUUUGGAUCCUGUUUCAUGAAUUCGGUACGGGAUGUGAUCCUAGAGUUCAUUCUAGAAGACAUUGCCAAGCGAAUGGAUUUGGUAUUGUCAUGGAUUUUUGAAGAAUACAGCUUACUGCAGGGUUUCACUCGACAUACUUAUAUCAAGUCAGAAAUGAAACCCGAUUUUCCGUACACUCAGCUGAUGGUAAAAAUAUUAACUAACAUCAUGGAACGGGAAGAUCUGCGAGAAAAGGAUUCCCUUUUAAAACGAAUUUUCCUUGAAGCUCCUUUAAUACCGGAUGACGUUAUCGAACUGCUCAACCACAUGUGUCAACUUGAAGAACUCUCCGAUUGUGGAAUGCAAAUCACGAAAGACUUGCUCAUUAGACGACCUCCAAAGGAAAAAGCGUACAUGGAAAUCCUGCUAAGAUAUUCGGCAUACGAUAAUGUUAUAAUCCGAGAAAAAGCUAUACAAUAUUUGAUGCACAUUUACUCGCUGCAUCGUAUUUUGACCAACGUUAUGGAGGCCCGAGCUUUAUUAUGGGUCGGCUAUCUAGAGCUAGAAACUCCCCCGGAAAUGAUAUUUGCCUCUGAGUUUGGACGAUAUGAACAUCCUCGACUUUGGACCGAUGAUUUAGCCAAAACGUGCUUAGGAUUAUUUUUGGAGGUGUUAGUUUACAAUCAGGAUAUGAUACACCAACUAUCAGAAGUGUACAUCAAAGCUACAUCGGAUAUGAAACGAGCAAUGCUGAGAGCGAUUGAAGCACCAAUUCGUAAAAUCGGAGCCGAAAGUGAGGAACUGCUGAAGUUAAUCGAAGAAUGUCCGAAAGGAUCAGAAACGAUCAUCACCAGAAUUAUUUAUAUUCUAACGGAGAAAACAAUCCCACCACCGGAAUUGGUCGAACGAGUACGUCUGCUUCACCAGACUAAAGUAUCGGACGUACGUCUGCUAAUUCCUGUUAUCAAUGGACUAACAAAGAAAGAAAUUCUCAAGGCACUACCCAAACUUAUCAAGCUGAACCCCGUCGUAGUGAAAGAAGUAUUCAACCGGUUGCUGGGCAUUGGUGGCGAGUAUAGCAGCAGCCAGCUCCCAAUAUCGGCAGCUGAAUUGCUAGUCGCCCUGCACACCAUCGACAGCACCAAGGUCGAACUGAAGUGGGUUGUAAAAGCCACCUCCCUGUGCUUGGCCGAAAAAGAAACCUACACCCACGACGUGCUAGGCAGUGUGAUUCAACAACUAGUAGAAAUCACACCCUUACCCACCCUACUCAUGCGUACCGUUAUUCAAUCCCUAACGCUGCACCCCCGUCUAGCGGGCUUCGUUACAAACCUCCUUCAACGUCUCAUUGUAAGGCAGGUCUGGAAGCAGAAAGUUGUUUGGGACGGGUUCCUAAAAUGUGCUCAACGACUGACGCCUCAAAGUUACGGUAUUUUGAUUCAACUUCCGGCUUCGCAGCUGCAGGAUGCCAUCACCAACUGUCCCGAGUUCCGGGAACCGAUGUUGGAGCAUGCUCGGGAAAUUAUGGAACACCAAAUCGGACAUGUCUCGCAGGAUCGGAUGGAUGUCCUGUUGGGUAUUUCAGCUCAUGCUCCUUCGGAUCGAUCCGACCUUCAAGUUGUUAGCAAUUACAGUGAGGAUAUGACGUCCCAUUUGCCGGUCAUUAUCAAACACGAGAAGGAUGCGGAGCGUCCUGAACCGGCACCUCCAGGAAUGGAUUAGGAACAUUUGUUGGAAAAUUUAUCCAUAUACCUUGUAUGUUGUCAUGAAUGCGUAGAUUUUACAAUUUUCUCAAUAAACACCUAACUAUAUCUACCAUAAGACGGCAGAC